AUGUUCAAGGGGCUGAGCAAAGGCUCCCAUGGAAAGUGGUCCCCCAAGGGGUCCCCAGCCAAGGGGUCCCCCAAGGGAUCGCCAGCCAAGGGAUCGCCCAAGGGAUCCCCCAGCAAGCACAGCCGGGCUGCCACCCAGGAACUGGCUAUGCUCAUCUCCCGCAUGCAAGCCAAUGCUGACCAGGUGGAAAGGGACAUCCUAGAGACCCAGAAGAAGCUGCAGCAGGACCGGCUGAGGAGUGAGCAGAACCAGGCCCUGCAGCACCAGCAGGAGACUGGCUGCAACCUGAAGGAAGCAGAGGUGCUGCUUAAAGACCUCUUCCUGGACGUGGACAAGGCCUGGCGGCUCAAGCACCCACAGGCCGAGGAAAUGGAGCAGGACAUCAAGCAACUGCAUGAGCGUGUGACCCAGGAGUGUGCCGAGUACCGCGCCCUGUACGAGAAGAUAGUGCUGCCCACCGAUGUGGGGCCCAGGGUCGACUGGGCACGUGUGCUGGAGGAGAAACAGAAGCAGGUCUGCGAGGGCCAGUACGGGCCAGGCAUGGGGGAGCUGGAGCAGCAGGUUGCAGAGCACAACAUUCUGCAGAGGGAGAUCGAGGCUUAUGGGCAGCAGCUACGGACACUGGUGGGGCCGGACGCAGCCAACAUCAGGAACCAAUACCAAGACCUACUGAAGGCGGCCUCGUGGCGCGGGCAGAGCCUGGGCAGCCUGUACACGCACCUGCAAGGCUGCACGAGGCAGCUGAGCGCCCUGGCGGAGCAGCAGCGCAGCAUCCUGCAGCAGGACUGGAGCGACCUCAUGGCUGACCCAGCGGGCGUGCGACGGGAGUACGAGCACUUCAAGCAACACAAGCUGCUGGAGCAGGAGAUGAGCGUGAACCAGCUGGAGGACGACGGCGAGCGCAUGGUGGAGCUCGGGCACCCGGCGGUGGGGCCCAUCCAGGUCCACCAGGAGGCCCUGAAGGUGGAGUGGCAGAACUUCUUGAACCUGUGCAUCUGCCAGGAGAACCAGCUGCAGCACGUGGAAGACUACCGCAAGUUCCAGGAAGAGGCCGACUCUGUCAGCCAGACCCUGGUGAAGCUCAACUCCAACUUGGACAGCAAGUACAGCCCUGCCUCRGGCCCCUCUGGGUCCCCCAUAGAGCUGGUGCGACAGCUGGAGGCAGAGGAGAAGCAGCUGGCCAUGGCCGAGAGGACCAUUGGGAAACUGCAGCAGAAGAGCCAAGAGGUCGCCCCUCUGCCAAAGCGCAGGACCCCAUCCAAGCAGCCCCUGCACGUGGACAGCAUCUGCGACUGGGACUCGGAAGAAGUGCAGCUUCAGCGAGGAGACAGGUACAUGCUGAUGGACAACACUGACCCACACACCUGGGUUGUGCAGGGCCCUGGUGGGGACACCAAGAGCGCCCCAGCCGCCUGCUUCUGCAUCCCGGCACCAGACCCUGAAGCUGUGGCCAGGGCCUCCAGCCUGGCUUUGGAGCUGCAGGCCCUGAAGCAGAAGCUUGCCACAGUGCAGAGCAGCCUGAAGGCCAGUGCUGACGAGCCGUCAGGGCCCRGCCAGCAGGGCCCCGGWCCCUCACCAGCACUUCUGCCCACAGCUCCAGAGGCCCAGAAGCUCCUGACCCAGAUGACCCAGCUAGAUAAGAACCUGGGGCAGAUAGAGAAGCAGGUGCUGGCCUGGGCCCGAACCCCGCUGAAGCGUACUGCUCCGCUGGAGGACCUGGAGGGCCGUAUCCACAGCCACAAGGACAUGGUUCAGCGCCUGCAGAGCCUGGGAGCCGAGAAGGAGGCCGCCCAGCAGGAGUGUGAGGYGCUUCUGUCUGCACAACCUGUGGGCUCAGCUGCCCUGCAGCUGCCUGUGGUCCUCAACAACGUCAAGAACAAGUACAGGGAUGUGCAGGCUCUGUGCACCCUCUACGGGGAGAAAGCCGAGGCCGCCCAGGGUCUGGAGCAGCAGAUCCAAGAUGCAGACAGGAUUAUCAGAGGGUUUGAGUCCACCCUGGUGCAGGAGGGCCCCAUCCCCGACGGGCCCCGGGCUCUGCAGGAGAGGAUCAGCGAGCUGCAGCGCCAGAGGAGGGAGCUGCUGGAGCAGCAGGCCUGCGUGCUGGGGUUACACCGCCAGCUGAAGGCCKUCACACACACGUGCAGCGCGCUGCAGAACCACUUCCAGGAGUUCUGCCAAGACCUGCCCCACCAGCAGCGCCAGGUGCGGGCACUCACCGACCGCUACUACGCUGUGGGGGACCAGGUGGACCUGCGGGAGAAGACGUUGCAGGAUGCCAGCCUUACCUACCAGCAGUUCAAGAACUGCAGAGACAACCUGAGCUCCUGGCUGGAGCACCUGCCCCACAACCAGGUGUCGCCCAAUGACGGGCCCAGCCAGAUCACCUACAAGCUUCAAGCACAGAAGAGGCUGAUGCAAGAGAUCCAGGGCCGCGAGCGGGACAGGGCCACAGUAGCCCGCCUUUCCCAGGACUUGCAGGCGGCUCUCCAGGACUAUGAGCUGCACGCAGACACCUACCAUGGCUCCCUGGAGCCCACCCUGGCAGUGUCUGCCCCCAAGAGACCCAGAGUGACCCCCCUGCAGAAAAGCAUCGAGGCCCAGGAGAAGAGCCUGGCCAAGGCCUAUACUGAGGUCACAGCUGCACACCAGCAGCAGCUGCACCAGCUGGAGUUUGCCAGAAAGAUGCUAGAGAAGAAGGAGCUCAGUGAGGAUAUCCAAGUGACAGGUGGUGCGCAGCAGGGGUCUGAGUGCUCAGCCCAAGCAAGGAGGGAGUCAGAGGCCCUGAAGUCCCAGCUGGAGGAGGAGAGGAAGCGGGUGGCUCAGGUGCAGCAGGAGCUGGAGCAGCAGAGGCAGCAGCUGCUGCAGCUGAAGACCCAGAGGCCCGUGGAGAGGCUGGAGGAGAAGGAACUGGUGGAGUUCUACCGGGACCCCCAGAUGGAGAGCAGCCUGUCCAGGGUGAAGGCCCAGGUGGAGGAGGAGAACAAGAGGAGGGCUGGGCUGCAGGCAAACCUGGAGGCAGUGGCCCAGAAAGUGGCCCAGCUAGAGAGCAAAAGGAGGACCAUACAGCCUCCUCACCUGCUGACCAAGGAGGUCACCCAAAUCGAGAGAGACCCCAGCCUGGACAGCCAGGCGGUUCAACUGGGCAGAGAGAUCCAGCAUCUGCGGGGGGAGAACACUGUCAUCUCAGCCCAGCUGGAGGAGCUUAAGAAGGAGCUGCUGGCCCUUGAGCAGAAGGAGGUGAAUGUGAAAGAGAAGGUGGUGGUGAAAGAAGUGGUCAAGGUGGAGAAGGAUCUGGAAAUGGUCAAGGCAGCCGAGGCUCUGAGGCUGCAGAUUGAGGAUGCCGCUGCACAGAGGAAGCUGGCACAGGAGGCCACGGCCAAGCUACAGGCUCGCAUAGAAGACCUGGAGCGGACGAUCAGCUCGGUGGAGCCCAAGGUCAUCGUGAAGGAGGUGAAGAAGGUGGAGCAGGAUCCAGCUCUUCUCAAAGAGUCCACCAGGCUGAGAAGCCUCCUUGAGGAGGAGAGGAACAAGAAUGCCAUGUUGGCCCGGGAACUGAGGGACCUGCGGGGCAAGUAUAGUGUGGUAGAGAAGCAGAAGCCCAAGGUGCAGCUCCAGGAACGGGUCAAUGAGAUCUUCCAGGUGGACCCAGACACGGAGCAGCAGAUCACACGGCUCAGAGCCGAGCUGCAGGAGGUGGCUGGCAAGAGGAGCAGCGUGGAGAAGGAGGUGGAGAAGCUGCUGCCUGACCUGGAGGUCCUGCGGGCCCAGAAGCCCGUGGUAGAGUACAAGGAGGUGACCCAGGAGGUGGUGAGGCACGAGAGGAGCCCGGAAGUGCUGCGUGAGAUCGACCGCCUCAAGGCUCAGCUCAACGAGCUGGUCAACGCCAACGGGCGCUGCCAGGAGCAGCUCAUCCGGCUGCUGGGGGAACGGGACGAGUGGAAGCGGGAGCGGUCCAAGGUGGAGACCAAGAUGGUGAACAAGGAGGUGGUGCGCCACGAGAAGGACCCAGUGCUGGAGAAGGAGGCCCAGAGACUCCGCCAGGAGGUGCGGGAAGCAGCCCAGAAGAGACGGGCCACGGAGGCCGUGGUCUAUGAGCUGCAGAACAAGUACCUGCUGCUGGAGAGGAGGCGGCCCGAGGAGAAGGUGGUGGUGCAGGAGGUGGUGGUCACCCAGAAGGACCCGAAGCUGCAUGAGGACCACAGCCGGCUGAGCCGCAGCCUGGAUGAGGAGGUGGGCCGGCGGCGGCAGCUGGAGCGGGAGGUGCAGCAGCUGCGGGCCAGCGUGGAGGAGAAGGAGGGUCUGCUCAGCUUCCAGGAGGACCGCAGCAAGAAGCUGGCUGCCGAGAAGGAGCUGCGGCAGCUGACCCUGAGGAUCCAGGAGCUGGAGAAGCGGCCUCCUGCAGUGCAGGAGAAGAUCAUCAUGGAGGAAGUGGUCAAGCUGGAGAAGGACCCAGAUCUGGAGAGGUCCACAGAAGCCCUGCGGCGGGACCUGGACCAGGAGAAGAUGCGGGUGACAGAGCUGAAUCGGGAGUGCCAGAGCCUGCAGGUCCAGAUCGAUGUCCUUCAGCAAACAAAAUCACAGGAGAAGACCAUUUAUAAGGAAGUGAUCAGGGUGGAGAAGGACCGGGUGCUGGAGGGUGAGCGGGCCCUGGUGUGGGAGAAGCUCAACCGAGAGCGUGCAGCCCGCCAGGGCCGGGAGGACGAGGUGCGGCGCUUGCGCGAGCGGAUUGACAAGGCUGAGGCCCUGAGGAGGACCUGGUCCCAGGAGGAGGCCCAGCUGCAGAAGGCCCGGGACCAGGCUGGCCAGGAAUGUGGGCGGUUGCAGCAGGAGCUGCGGGAGCUGGAGCGACAGAAGCAGCAGAAGGUGCUGCAACUGCAGGAGGAGGCCAAGCUGCUCAGCCAGAAGACAGAGGGCGAGCGGCAGAAGGCAGCCCAGAGAGGCCAGGCACUGGCGCAGCUGGAGGCAGCCAUCCUCCACGAGAAGGACCAGAUCUAUGAGAAGGAGAGGGCCCUCCGGGACCUGCACACCAAGGUCACUCGGGAGGAGCUCAGCCAGGAGACCCAGACUCGAGAGACCAACCUCUCCACCAAGAUCUGCAUCUUGGAACCUGAGACAGGAAACGACAUGUCCCCGUACGAGGCCUACAAGAGGGGCAUCAUUGACAGGGGCCAGUACCUGCAGCUGCAGGAGCUGGAGUGUGACUGGGAGGAGGUCACCACCGUGGGCCCCUGUGGGGAGGAGUCUGUGCUCCUGGACCGAAAGAGCGGGAAGCAGUACUCCAUCGAGGCCGCCCUGCGCUGUCGCCGCAUCUCCAAGGAGGAGUACCAUCUGUACAAGGACGGCCGCCUCCCCAUUUCCGAGUUCGCCCUGCUCGUGGCAGGGGAGACCAAGCCCUCCUCCUCACUCUCCAUUGGCUCCAUCAUCUCCAAGUCCCCACUCGGCUCCCCAGCUCCCCAAAGCUCUGGUUUUUUCUCCCCCAGUUUCUCUUUUGGGCUCACAGAUGACAGCUUUCCCAUCGCUGGGGUCUACGACACAACCACAGACAACAAAUGCAGCAUCAAGACCGCUGUGGCCAAGAACAUGCUGGACCCCAUCACUGGGCAGAAGCUGCUGGAGGCCCAGGCGGCCACAGGGGGCAUCGUGGAUCUCCUUAGCCGCGAGCGCUACUCUGUGCACAAGGCCUUAGAGAGGGGGCUGAUUGAGAACACCUCCACRCAGCGGCUGCUCAAUGCCCAGAAGGCCUUCACCGGCAUUGAAGAUCCCGUCACCAAGAAGAGGCUGUCGGUGGGUGAGGCCAUCCAGAAGGGCUGGAUGCCCCAGGAGAGUGUGCUUCCGCACCUGCGGGUACAACACCUGACUGGGGGGCUCAUUGACCCCAAGAGGACGGGCCGCAUCCCCGUCCCACAGGCUGUGGUCUGUGGAAUGAUCACUGAAGACCUGGCCCAACUCCUGCAGGACGAGUCCAGCUAUGAGAAGGAUUUGACAGACCCCAUCUCUAAGGAGCGGCUGAGCUACAAGGAGGCCAUGGGGCGCUGCCGUAAAGAUCCACUGAGUGGCCUGCUGCUGCUCCCAGCUACGCUGGAGGGGUACCGCUGCUACCGCACGCCCUCCCCCAGCCUGCCACACUCCUGCGUGCGCUGA